AUGGCAAUUAAUAAUGUAAUGGAUGCUGUUGAUGCAAUACUUUCAUUAAUCUAGUGUAUUGCUGAUAUAUAGAGACUAGAUAUUAACAUUUCAAUAGGAAUGGUAUGUAGAAUAAUAUUUUUUGUUAUUGUAAUAAUUUUGCGAGAUUUAAAAAGUUAUCCUUUAAGUGAAUUAAUAGCGUAAAUUGUGGCAUGGUUGGUUUUUCAUAUUUAUAUUUUAUAUUUUGAAAAAGAUUACUUUUCACAAGGAGAAUCAAAAAUUUUUUAUAGAGAAAGAUGCUUUAAAAUUAUGGAUACGUUGUAGUUAAUCAUAGGAACAACAUAUUUGGCCUGCACUCUUGGAACUUCAUUAGAAAUAUUAGCUUUAGUGUUUUUUUCAAUUAACUUAUUUUGUAAUUGUUGCGAAUUAAUUUAUAUUUAAUUCAUUAGAAAAACUCAUUCUGAUGACUAUAUUAAAUAAGGAGGAUAUAUAGAAAUGUAUGCUGGGUUCGUUGUAGGAUCUAUUGGUGUUAUUGGUUUUUUGAUAUACGCUUCUAAUAAAUAUUCUUCUGAAAUUCGUGACUCAGGAACUUUGAGUGCUGCAUUGUAUUUAACAAUAAUCGGAGAAAUUAUAGUCGUAAUUAUCUCAUUCUUCUACUGCUGGAAACAUAGAAAAAACAUGUCUUUGACAUCAGAUUGCACUAAAAGAAUUUUAGCAUUACUUUAUGGUCUUAAUGUUGGAUGUUUCAGUAUUUUUUAUGGAUUUUUAACAGGAGUUGCAGCUCUUUGUUAUAUAAUCCAUUUAAUAUGUAAAAAAAAAGAGGAAAAAAAUGAUAGAGAAAAGGUGCCCACUUCAUGA